GAAUGCCCUGGUGCGGAAAGCAUCAAAAUUGUCUGCCCGUACUGCGAAAGGAACUACUGCCUGAAACAUCGCCACGCUGAUGAGCAUGCUUGUGAGAAUCGUCCCGAGAAGGCUCCCAAACCUCGGAUUCUACCGGUUAUACCACCUGCAGCCCCAGCAGCGCCUGCCGAGAGACAGCCGUCAAGGCAAAUUCGACCAAAUGAAGCAGAUCGAAAGAAAAUGGAUAAGAUUCUUAUAAUGAAGCUGAAGAUGAAUGCGAAAGCGACGGCGGAUGUUCCUACCGGGGAACGGAUGUUUCUGUUUGUGGAAGGUGAUGACCUUAGUGAGCGGAAAGCUGUUGUGGUUAGCAAGAAGUGGACAGUAGGGCGAUGCGCAUCAAAUAUUGCAAGGCUGUUAUCUCUGGAUGAAAAUAAGACACUUCAUAUGUUCACCACGGGAUCAGCAAAGGCGUUGGAUUACGCGGACUCGGUGUCGGAUCAUCUGAGUGACAUGGACACCAUAAUUGUUCAACUUUACGACUAC